AUGGCUUCUGAACUCUGCCAGACCAUCAUUGUGGCCAAGUUGGAAAGGCACAAAAAUCUCUUCUUAAAUUAUCGAAACCUAAACCAUUUUCCUCUGGAGCUGCUGAAGGAUGAAGGGCUUCAGUAUCUUGAGAGGCUUUACAUGAAGAGAAACUCAUUAACCACACUGCCAGAAAAAUCUUGCCCAGAAGCUUCCAAAUCUGGUUGAAUUGUAUCUGCACUCAAAUAACAUUGUCUUUGUCCCAGAAGCCAUUGGUUCUCUGGUAAAACUGCAAUCCUUGGACUUGAGUGACAAUGCUCUGGAAAUCCUUUGUCCUGACAUUGGGAGACUUAAAUCACUUCGCCACUUACGACUGACCAACAACCGACUGAAGUUCCUCCCACCAGAAAUUGGAAAGCUGAAAGAACUUCAGACUUUAGACCUCUCCACAAAUCACCUUGUCACUUUACCGGAGAAGUUGCACUUGUGCCAGUCACUGCAGUACCUGACCGUAGAUAGGAACUUCCUGUGCAGCAUUCCACGCCACCUGUGCCAGCUAGCCAGUCUUAAUGAGCUUUCCAUGGCUGGCAACCGGCUGGCAUCCCUGCCUUUGGAUUUGGGAAGGUCUCGAGAGCUGCAAUACGUGUAUGUGGAUAAUAACAUUCAGCUGAAGGGUCUCCCUUCCUAUCUCUACAAUAAAGUGAUCGGCUGCAGCGGCUGCGGCUCUCCCGUUCCAGUAUCCGAAACAAAGCUGCUUUCCUUCACCUCUGGUCCCCUCAGCGUCCAUCUGCCAGCGGAGGUGAAGGGCAUCGGAUUGCCAUGUGAUUCAGUGUUGCCUCUCCAGGAGCUGGCACUGCGCUCUCUUCACGCUGCACUCUGCUCAAUCUUACCAGAUUUAAGUUGUCUAUCACACAUCUCAUUGCCCAGAAGUCUUCUGGAGUUGCUGCAGUGCCCCCUGGGACACUGUCAUCGCUGCAGUCAGUCAAUGUUUACCAUAGUCUAUCCAAAGCUCUUUCCUCUGAGGGAGACCCCUAUGGCCGGACUUCAUCAAGGGAGAACAGCUGUCAGUUUUGUGGCUUACUGCUGCUCCACCCAGUGUCUGCAGACAUUUGACCUACUGAGUUGA